ACGUGCUCUUUCGACGGCAGCGAGCGCAGUGCCCAGCUUCCCCGUGGGUUCAAAAUAGCGGCCCGCGCGCUCCGUACCGCGUCUCCGUCAGGAAGUCCCCUCCCCGCGACAGACCAGAGACAAUGCCGGAAACGCUGACGCGGUUCGCCCGGUGCCGGCGGUGCGCCCGCAUUUUCCUGACGCACCUGGUGUCCCAGGUGGGACUCUGUCUCCUGGUGGUGGCGUACGCCAUCGUGGGCGCCCUCAUCUUCCAGGCCAUCGAGUCCGGCAAAGAGGUCAAGCAGCGCCUGGAGGUGUCCCAGCUGCGGCGGCAGUGCCUUUUCGCCAUGUGGAACGUGACGGAGAAGCUGAACGUGCUGCACGACGUCGAGUGGAUGGCCAAGGUAGGCACGAAACUCAAGGAGUUCGAGGACAAGGUGGUGCUCGCAGUGCGCAACGACGGCUACGACGGCAAGGAGGUCUACGAGGAGUCCAUGCAGUGGUCCUUCUCGGGGGCCCUGCUCUACAGCAUCACCGUCAUCACUACCAUAGGGUACGGCAAUAUCGCGCCCAAGACGCCCGAGGGCAAGGUGGUCACCAUUCUGUACGCCAUCGUGGGUAUCCCGCUCAUGCUGCUCUGCCUGUCCAACAUCGGUAACAUCCUGGCGCACAGCUUCAAGUUCUUCUACAGCCACGUCUGCUGUCUCAUCUGCCACAAGGCCGACGCCGCCAACGCCAAGAUCAACACGCAGAACGCCGCGACGACCCAGAUCCCGUCCGAAGUGCUGGACGCCGUGGUCAGCGUGGCCAACUCGGUCCACAAGGGCCACAGCGUCGACGACGGCACGCCGACCAAGGAGCUCCGCAAGGACCCCCUGUCCCCGCCGGGGAGCCCCGAGAAGACGGCUCCCGCCGCCCCUGCGGCCCUGUCGGCCGCGAGCAAGGCGAACAACGGGACCGCUACCAAGCAUGUGACCACGUCGUCUGUCCCGCAGGAUCGCAUUCCCGUGUACCUGGUCCUUUUGCUGGUGACCGGUUACAUCUGCUUCGGAGCCACCUUGUUCUCGUUUUGGGAAAAAUGGAGCUUCCUGGACGGCGCUUACUUCAGCUUCAUCACGCUGAGUACCAUCGGCUUCGGCGAUUUCGUCCCGGGGUCUGCACUCUUCGAACAGGGCGCCACAUCGACCACGGGACAGGCCAAGUUGAUCAUCUGCUGCUUUUACCUGGUCCUGGGACUGGCCAUCAUCGCCAUGUCCUUCAACCUGGUUCAGGAGGAAGUGCUACUCAAAUGCAAGGACCUCGUGCGAAGUCUCAAGAAUCUGGUGUCUUCGGACGAGGCUACAUCAUCGGCGUCUUCUUAGCAGUCCCCACCACAUCUCUUUUUUUUGCACCGGCGCUAUGGACCAUAGUCUCUGCAG